UUUUCUCUCAUCCUACCGUUAUUCUCGUCUGCGCAACAUUGAAUCAUUUUGUCUCUGCGACCAUCUCCUCUUACCUUUUCCCGUCAAUCGCUUCUUCUCUCUCUCUUUAUUCUGUUUAUGCUUAGACAGAGAGUACCUUUUCCCUAUUCAUUCCAUUUCUCUUUCUCUUUUUAUUCGUUCUUGUUUCAACCACACCGUUCAACAAUAACAGGCCCACCAACUUUUUUAAUUUUUCGUCCAUUUUCUGAUGAACUGGCAGAAACAACGACAGCAUGUGCUGGAUCGACUCGCUUUUGUUCCAGGUGGUACGGAUAGAGAAGGAAACGCACUACUCGUAAUCUCAACAUCUCAAGUACAAGAAUGCUCGUACGAGAAUUUAGUGUCUCUUCUUGCUCUUUUAUCAGAUACCCUUCCGCCUUCUACACUAUUCACUGUACUUUUGGAUACACGACAUAUUCAAUUAAAACAACUGAAAUUCUAUUUGAGAGCAUGCCAGCAAGCACUUUACAAAAAAGUGCGUCAAGUGCUCAUUAUUCAACCGGAAAAGUUUUUGGAUCAACAAAAAAUUAAUUUCGAUUUGAUAGUUAGUGGAUAUACAUUGAAGACCGUCCUAGUUUCAAUGCACAAACUUUCCAAAUUUGUGGAUGUCAACCAACUUCCAGAACAAUUUGGAGGUACUCUGGGAUAUGAUCCAGAUUCUUGGCUUUCCAAAAGAAUUGAGAUCAAAAAAUGGCAGAACUACUUGGUUGAAGUUGACGCAGACUCUUCGAAGCAUAGCCUUGAUGACGAUCAGAAAUUAGAAGAAUUUAUAACAAAACUUCAAUCAACCAAACGAAUAGAAGAUGAAUAUGCAUCAAACAUAUUGAAGAAAUCAGUGAGAGAUGUGAAAUUAAAAGAAGAAGAAAAUAGUAAAGAAGGAUUAAUCAAGGAUCACACUGCAGGAGUUUCUGAUUUUUUGGAUUGGAUUGAAGGAAGUGGAGAGAAAUGGUUGAAUUCUCUAUGCCAAGUUGCUGAUAAUGUUGAUGAAGCAGAGAGUUUGGUUAAGCAACAUGAAGAAUUGACUAAUAAGACUAAGGAAAUCGAGGAGCAAAGUCAUCAACUUGCUGAAAUGGCAACACGACUUAUGGCUGCUUGCCCACAAGUUGCUAUUGUUUUACAAAAGACACGAGAACAAAUCCGAGAUGUUGCUGAACACUUUGCAUAUCGAGUUGAAGCACAGACGCAGUUUGCAGUUUCGAAUCGAACAUUCAGAGAAAAAGUUGCAGAGUUCAUCAAAAAAUCAGAUCUGAUGCUUGAAAAAGUGUGUGCAGAAGAUGGAGCUUCUGUGAAAACGGUAGAAGAAUUAACUUCAACGAAGAAGGAGUUAGAUGACUUAGUGAAUUCUAUGAAUGUUUCAUUUGAAACAGCAAUGGAUGCUGGUGAAGAGACUGUGGCAAAAGCUCGGCAAUACUCAGAAGUUCUUCCAGCAGAAGAAUUUGUUUCUCACAUUGGUUCAAGUCUGACUUAUAUUUCUCAACGACAGAAUAGGCAUAACGAAUUAGCAAGUGUAAAACGUCUUGAACAACAGCAACAUCUUCAAUUAAUGACAACCUAUGGUGAUUGUGAUCAAGCAAUCAAAUGGCUCGGCGAGCUCAAAGAGACAUUACACAAAGAAUAUAGUCUAUCGGAUAUUGAUGAAGAUGCCGUUAAAAAUUUGAGAAACGAUCGUCAGAAUCUUGAUCGAACAGCAGUGAGUACAUAUCAAUAUGGAAAACAAUUAUUAUCAAUGGCAAAAAAUAGUGAAAGAUCUGCAAUGAAAGAAAGUUCAACGGAUGAGAGAAAGGAGAAAUUAGAAACUGCGUGGAAAGAAUUGAAUUUGGCAAUUCAAAAUAACGAGCAAAGAUUGAAAGUUGUUGAAUCUUUUAUGGCUACUCAUCGACAGAUGAUGGAAAGAGUGAACGAAAUUGAGAAAUCUCUGCGAGAACGACUUCGUGUCAGUGGAAAGUUAAAUUCAAUAGUUCUGAGCACCGAACGGAAAAGACUAAAAAAUGAUAUAGAAGAACUAUCGAAUAUUGGAAAUAUGCUUUCUGCUCAGAUUAAUGCAGAUCACGCAACAACUCUACAAGAUAGACAAACAGCAGUAAAACAAAUAUCUGAUAAAAUUAAUGAAGUAAUGACUGCUCAACGAAGAAUGGAAAGUUUAAUUAUUGAAGAAGAAGAAGCUGGAUCAAGUUCCUCUGGAAAAGAAGAUAAGCAUUCAAGCCGAAAAGCUCGUCCACUAUCAAAAGUACCAGAAGAAGAAGGCGGUGAUGUGUCACCAGUAUUCCCACGAGCAGUCCGUCUUCUUGAAACAAAUGAAGGAAUUGCACCGGCAAUUCGUUUAUCAAAAAAUGAAUCCUACCUCUAAAUUCUCUUCAAAAUGACUAGAGAAGAAGUAUCCAAUGCCAUAUUGCUCAUUCCAACAAAUUUUUAGACCCAUUGAUUAUGUUUGCUUAUGUGUAUGUGUACAUUAUGUCAUUGUUUUGCCAUAAAACUUUUAUUUUCUUUCUAAAAAA